GCUUUGCUCGCCCACUGGAGAACGACCAAACAAUUCGCCCAGCUCCCCUUGCCUUCCUCGCCAACCACAAUACAAAUACGCGCCCCCAGAACUGCCGUUUCCCCCGUGAAAACCCACCAAAACACCUGAAAGAAACCAACGCUAGCAAAUCCUCGGACCACACCACACUCGGUUGUUAACUCACCACCGAUUGAGAGCUAGCUAGUAGCCAUCGCUGCAAGAGUUCUCUCCAAUGUGUCGGCUCAAACAAGAAUCGAGCUGCGAGUCGACGAGCUCCUCCCCGGCGUCGACGUCCUCUUCGUCUGCCGGGCACCUGCCGCACGCCCCGGCCGCCUGGGCGAAGCGCCCCGCGGGGCGCACUAAGUUCCGGGAGACCCGCCACCCGGUUUUCCGCGGCGUGCGCCGCCGCGGCCGCGCGGGCCGGUGCCGGUGGGUGUGCGAGGUCCGCGUGCCGGGGCGGCGUGCGUGCAGGCUCUGGCUCGGCACCUUCGACGCCGCCGAGGCGGCCGCGCGCGCUCACGACGCCGCUAUGCUCGCGCUCCGCGGGUCAUCCGCCGCCGCAUGCCGCCGCCUCAACUUCGCCGACUCGGAGCGGCUGCUCGCCGUGCCGCCGCCGGCCGAGCUCCGCGGCGCGGGCGACGUCCAGCGCGCCGUCGCGCGGGCCGUGGAGGGCUUCCUCCACCUGCGGCGACGCGAGGUCGCUGCGCCGCUCGCGGCCGAGGACGCGAUGUCCGCCACGUCGGAGCCGUCAGCCACAGACGACGACGCGGCCACGGAGACGGAGGCUUCCUCCGGGGACGUCGCCGCAUGCAAGGGCAACGUUGUCCAAGAGACCUCGCGGUUCGAGCUGGACGUACUGAGUGACAUGGGAGCGGGCUUGUACUACGCGAGCUUGGCGGAGGGUCUCCUCAUGGAGCCGCCGGCGUCAGCGUUGUGCUCCGAUGACGGCGAUGGUGACGUCGCUGUCGUGUCACUCUGGAGCUACUGGAACUGAAGUAGACGCUUGUACACAACUUUGUUCCUUCCUUUUGGAUUCCUAAUCCUGCAUGCUUUUUGUACGUUUUGCUAUUUUGGGUAAUGUGAAUGGUUUCGGACCAUUCUGUUGUCAGUGCCUUCUACCAUAGCAUGGCUUUCUCCAAAUUAAACAGCCAAACAAUGGUACUCAGCACAGUUUUUUUUCAAGGACACCUGGUUUUUGUGAUAUUUCGUUGCUGCAUGCGAGAUUCCUGUAAAACUUGCGCAAAAAAUUAGAACAGUUUCAAGCA